GAAUGGGGGCGGUCUGUCUCGCGCGCCGUGUGAACUCUACUCUCCUCAGGGAGCUGAAACGGCCGCGGAACCUGUAGAAGAAAAUAAAAAGGACGGGAAAAAAAAACAAAAACAGAAAAGUGUAGGCGAAGGGAAGCGGAAGAUGGUCCUCGCGGCGGAGCGAGUGGAGGGGUUCUUGCUUCUGAGGCGCGGGAUACUGCUGCUUCUGUCAGUCAUGGUGGGACGAGCGCUCGGCGCCUCCUUUUAUGGGGAUGGUUUUGUCCAACUGAAGACCAUGGAGUCAUCCAGCCGCACCACUUUGCAUGUCCGCUUCCGCACAUCCAGUUCUGAUGGCAUGCUCUUCCUCGCCGCAGGAGAGAGCGACUACCUCCUCGUUGAAUUGCGCUCCGGGCGGCUGCAGGUGAGAUUAGAGCUGGGAUCCGGAGAGCGCACGCUUCGCUCAGAGCGAGGAACCCCCCUGAACGACAUGGCCUGGCACACAGUGGAGCUUCUCCAUGAGAAUUAUAAUGUUACGUUAAGUUUGGACAAACACUUCCAAUAUAGUCUUAAAAUGCCUGGGCCAGAAAAUGAGCUCAAUAUCCAGGAUGGACUGUAUGUGGGAGGUUCUGGUGGGCUCGACAAGCCCUAUCUCGCCAGCUAUCCCGCAGGCUUCCGGGGCUGUGUUGACGAAGUGCUUUUCAAUCAGCACAACCUGCUGUCAUCACUUAGGCCAUAUUCUGGCUUCAAAAAUGUCUAUGAAGUGUCCCUAGGCUGUAGCCCUCAAUUUUCAGCCAGUGAGGAUGACCCAGUCAGCUUCUUCAGUUCAAAAGCCUUUUUUUCCCUCCCACCUUGGAAUGCUCCACAAGAAGGAGUUUUUGAAUGUGUAUUGCACACUUCAGCUCAUGAAGGAAUCAUCCUGUACAACCCUGCCCGUCAAGGGGACUUUGUUGCUGUGGAAAUCCGAGAAGGCCUUCUGGUUGCAGUAGUGGGCAAAGGUGGAACAAAGACUGAGCUGCGCUCCCUCACAUUCAUCAAUGACCUGAAGUGGCAUCCUGUUAGACUUCUGUUCACCUCCAAGAGCCUUGAGCUCACUGUAGAUGAGGAAACUGUGAAAACAAGCAUCAGUUCCCGUUCCAGGCCUCUACACUUUAAGGGUUUCCUCUUUAUUGGUGGUAUUGAUGAUAGUACACGGUCAGAGGUCAGAAGAGUGGGCCUUGCCUCAGUCUCUGGGAAACGAGUCAGAGGAGGCUCUUUAAAGGGUUGUUUGAGAGAUAUCAAGGUCAACGGUGUAAAGAUGGGUCUUCCUAAUGCAGUGGUCAGCAAAGAUGUAUCUGUUGGCUGUGAGACACCAAAAGAAACUACCAUCACAGUGACUCCUACAUUCCCAGAGAAUUUGACUCCUGUUGUUACCCCAACACCAUCAGUCCACAUGUCCACCUUUGCCAAGGGGCUGGAUAAGAAGCGUGGACAGAACUUUCUGAUUCUUAGGAAUCUAGUUGUGCCUGAAGGUGGAAGAGCAUCCCUGGAGUCUAAGAAUAUCAAAGUGAACCUGGAUUUUAAAAAGCUGGGAAUCCGACAAUCUCAAAUUGUGUUCAAAAUAGAGGAGCAACCUGUACAUGGCCAGCUGCGGUUAGAUGUUGACCAGGACCAAGAGGAGAACACCUUUAGCAUGCUGGAUCUGUGGCAUGAAAGAGUGAUGUAUAUCCAUGGUGGUUCAGAAGACCUGACAGACUUCUUCAUGUUUUCAGUUUUUUCCAGUAGUAAGAAAGAAGUCCCUGCAUACCUUAAAGGAAAUAAGCUUUACAGAUACAACAUUACUAUCACCCCAACUAAUGAUGCCCCUGAAUUGAGUCUCCCUGAAGGAAACCUCUUUGUGUUAUUGGAAAACUCGAAAAAGCCCAUAACCACUGACAUCCUUAAAGCUUCUGAUGUAGACAGUAACACUACUGACCUCGUCUACUCUGUAUUGGGCAACCUAAAUGCAGAUGCUGGAUUUCUGGAAAAUGAUGAAAACCCUGGCAAAGCAAUAACUACCUUCUCUCAUGCUGAUUUGGAGAACGGAAGGAUAAAUUACGUUCACAAUGGUGUGAGGAACUCUAGGAUUGUGCUCAGAGUCAGUGAUGCUGAGAAAGUGAGCAACACUGUGGUGCUAAGAAUCAUGGCCAUUAAGAUGGAACACAGAAUUGCUAACAACACUGGAAUAGAAGUUAUUCAGGGCGAGAUGGCUCUCAUAGGCACGAGGCACUUAGCUGUACAAACCAAUGCUGUAAAGCAGGUCAUUGACAUCCGCUAUGAUGUCAUUGAGCCACCUCAAUUUGGAGAGCUGCAGCGGCUGCACACCAGUGGGGAAUGGAAAGUCACAAACACAUUUUCUCAGAGACUUCUUGAAAAGGAGCGCCUUAGAUACCUCAGCACCUUCAAGGAAAUUCAAGACAACAACGUUACAGAUCACUUCAGAAGUAAGAUCACCAUUGGCAAUAUGGCUGUUGAGGAAAUCACAUUUCUUGUUUCUAUAAAGUGGAUACAAUACAAGCUAAUUAAGAAUAAAAUGUUAGAGAUCGACAAAGUUCGAAAAGUAUUCUUGGACACUCAGCACCUUCAUGCUGUCACGAAGGGUUUGAAACUACCUGACAGUGAGCUUCACUUCAGACUGUUGACAUUGGCAAGGAAAGGAAAUAUGCUGUUCAACAAUAAGGUAUUAAAGAAGAACUCCACAUUCAGUCAGAAGAAUGUUACUGAUCUGAAGGUACAGUACGAACUUGUAGAUAGACCACAUGAAGAUACAAGGGACAUGUUCACCUUCCAGGUGUUUUCCAAACAUUCCCAUUCAGCAAGUUACGACUUUCGAAUUGGUAUUAAGGCUGACGUGAACAGCAUUAUAUUGAAAAACAAUGGACUCUCUCUAAUGGAAGGGCAAAGUAAGGUAAUCACCAAGGAUAUGUUGUUUUCAGAAACUCCGAUUAACAAAGAGAUGUAUUACAGAGUAACGAAAAGUCCGAAACAUGGCAAACUGAAACGCAUUAACCUGUCCAGUUUAACAUCUAGUAAUGACAAUAUUGUAGCCUUCACUAAUCAAGAUAUUCUGGAGGAACGCAUUAUAUAUGUCCAUGAUGACAGCGAAACCAUUUAUGAUCAGUUUACAUUUGUAACCUCUACCAGUAAGAAGUCCCUAUCCUCUUUGAAAGAUGAUGAUGAUAAUGUGGUGGAAGGCAUGUUUAACAUCUCCAUUCAGUUGGUCAAUGAUGAAAAGCCAGUUCGUGUCAUUGACAAAGUUUUCCAUGUGGUCAGAGAUGGCCAGAGACUCUUGACUCUAGAGGACCUUUGCUUUCACGACGCAGACUCUGACUUUACUGAUGGGCAGCUCAUUUACACUCGCCGUGGCAUCCCUAUGGGGGACCUGGUUCUGGCCAAUGACACCUCGCACAAACUAUACCAGUUUCGACAGGAGGACCUUGAACAGAAGCGAGUUCUCUUCAUCCAUCAUGGUGUUAGCUUCGGACGCUUUGUACUAUUUGUGUCCGACGGGAAGCAUUAUGCUUCCACGCUGCUGGAUGUCAGUGCACAGGACCCCUACCUCAAAAUAGAGAACAACACUGGCCUUUUGGUCCAGAAGGGACAAGCAGCAGUGUUCGGACCUGCCAACUUUAGUGUGACCACCAACCUAGAUGUCAGGGAUGAUAAUGAGAUUACCUACAAGCUGUAUGUUCCCCCAAGACAUGGUGGAAUUUACUGCAGUGACCUCCUGGUGGAUAGCUUCACACAGCAUGACAUCAAGAUGGGAAAUGUUGUCUAUCGCCACGAUGACAGCAAGCACCUGUGGGAUGUUUUCAAUGUUACGGUAAAAGUCAAGAACCUGCAUCUUGACUCAAGUGUGAAUGUGAAGGUUUACUUGGAAAGCCACCAGCAGCCACCAAAGGUUGUUCAUAACAACACACUUCUGGUUGAAGAAGGCAAACCUGUGAAGAUCACUAAAAGAAAACUUGAGGUUACCCACGAAGACAACUUGCCAUCAGAGAUUAUGUUCACGGUGAAAAUGCCGCCCUCUCACGGCUACCUCAGGAGUUUUGCCGAGGGUGCAGAGCGUUACCUUGGAACACAGGAGACGCCCAUCCGAACCUUCACUCAAAAAGACAUCAAUGUUGGGAACAUCCAGUAUGUGCAAACUGAGCCCAACCAGCUGAAUGACUCCUUUGUGAUGUUUGCUACCAAUGGAGUCACUGAGGUCAAUGACAUCAGGAUGUCUGUGGACAUCAUCCCCCACUUCAUCCCAGUCCAGGUUUCCAAUAUCACGCUAGAUGAGGGCACUGCAAAAGCUCUGACACAAGACAUCAUCACAGUCACAAAUCGCCACUUUUCAGGCCUCAACUUCCAUUACAUUGUCUCUGAAUCACCACGUCACGGCCACAUUGAACUUUCUCGCACCCCUGGUGUUCCCGUGACCGCAUUCACCAGGAAGCAGAUUGAGCAAGAAUUCAUCUACUACAUUCACGACAACAGUGAGACAGUGGCUGAUAACUUCACCGUUAUUGCCAAGGACGAGAAUCUGGGAAAGCAGAGUCUGCCCCAGGCGGUGUACAUCAGUGUUACCCCGAUCAAUGACGAACCUCCAGUUGUAACGGCGAACAGAAUCCUCACAGUGUGGGUGGACUCCAUCACAGAGAUCACUGCGCAUGACCUGUGUGCAAGGGACAGAGACUCUCCACCUGAGAGCUUGGAAUUCAUCGUCACCCCACCGAGCAUCGGACACCUGGCUCUCAAAAGUGCACCAGACAGGAAGAUCCUCAAUUUCACCCAGGCCCACAUCGACCAGGGUCAGCUGGUUUUGGUACAUAGUGGUGCCAUGUCUGGCGGCUUUAAUUUCCAGGUCAAUGAUGGUGUCAACUUUGCUCCAAGGCGGAUCUUCAGUAUCACAGCCAAAGCCCUGGUCCUCAAUUUGGAGAGGAACUACCCGCUUAAGGUGUUCCCAGGUUCCUCCAAACCCAUUUCCACUGAGGAACUGCUGGCCGUCACCAACGACAAUGACGCAGGGGGAAACCGCACCAUCACCUUCAGCAUCAUUAGCCCACCAACACAGGGGAGGCUUCUCCAGCUGCAAGCAGACAACUCUACUACAGAGAUUUCCUCUUUCACUCAGACAAUGGUUGAUGAAGGUAUGAUUAUCUAUGUGCACAGCCAUGUGGAAUCCAUACAUUGGACCUUCACUGACUCCAUGAGUUUCACAGUUUCGUCUCCACCUGCCUUCCUUGAAGCCCAGAUAUUUAAAAUUGACAUCUCGUAUGAAAACACUGGCCCUGAACGUAAAACGCUUCUCCUUGCGAACACUGGUGCAGUUGUAACUGAAGGAGAACGAGUGGUGAUUGACAGAGUCAAGCUGGAUGCCUCUAACUUAAUGGCUAAACUGCCAGAGCCACAGCGUCACUCUUAUGAAGUCUGGUAUCAGGUCACUUCCCUGCCCCGUCAUGGUGUCAUUAUUGUGGGGGAGCGGAAUCUGACCCAGGAGAAGCCAAACUUCUCUCAGUUUAUUCUCAAUAAGUUUGGAAUCACCUACCAGCAUGACAAUUCGGAGACAACCCAUGACAGCUUUGUCUUUGAUGCUUGGUUAAACCUGAAAAGCAAGCCAGCCAAACGUCCUCUGGAUGACAGUGAUGUGGUGGAGGAAGCUUUCAACCUCACUAUCAUCCCUGUUAACGAUCAGCCUCCCAUUCUUAAGACCAAAUCUCCAAGCAUAAGGGUCAUGCAAGGAGAUGUAGUUGUCCUGAGUCCAGAGAACCUCACAGUGGUAGACCUGGACAAUCCUCCAGAUGAUAUCAAGUACACUGUGAUCAGCAAGCCCAACAAUGGGUUCCUGGCAAUGAAGAACAGUUUGAAUGAGUCUAUCUUGACCUUCAGCCAAGCUGAUAUCAACAAUGAGAAGGUGUAUUUUGUUCAAGAUGGAAGCCCCUAUUCUGGGGUGUUUUACUUCAGUGUUACAGAUGGACAACAUCGGCCAGUUUACAAACUGUUCAACCUUGAGGUGACCGAGAUCACGAUUUCUCUCAUAAAUAACACUGAGGUGGUACUGGAACAAGGUCAGACCUCUGUCAUCAUCUCAGACCAGCAUCUAUUUGCAGAAACCACUGGGAGGAACAAAACCAUUCACUAUCAAGUAACAGGACCUCCACGUCAUGGCAUGCUUCUCAUUGAUGGCAAGGUGGUUGAUGGGUUUGACCAGAAGGAUCUCCAGACAGGUAGACUGACGUAUCAUAUGACAGAUCUCUCGUCCUCCCAUGAUACCUUUGAGUUUACUGCCUUCACAUCUGAAAGCAACCUGACAGAGCAAAUAGUCAACAUCACUGUAAUACCCUUAGUCCGAUUCAGAGAGGAUGUGAGGAUCCCCAAUGGAGUUCCUGUGAAACUGCGGAAAGACUUCCUUAAUGCUACAGAAUUAGCCAUCCUAAGUGGCAGUGACCCUCAUUUUGAAAUCCUCUCUCAUCCAAAACAUGGCAAAGUGGUAAAAAUUGUCAGUGACACAAAUGGUAUGCAUCAUGCUACCACCUCCUUCUCCUUUCAGGAUGUGGAGCAGGGAAGAGUUGCUAUUGAGGAAAGAGCAAACAUGACUGGUGUCGAGUCCUUGAACGACUCGUUUGCGUUUGUAUUGAAAGCAAAUAAGGUUCAGCCUUCGAGGGGUGAAUUUUGUUUCACUGUUGUGACAUAUGACCCAUUACACACAAGACCAGUUAUCACAGAUACCCCUGUUCACACAACCAGAUCUCCCCCACUGAGUAGAACCACAGCAGUUGCUUCCUUGUCACACACUCCAUUCAGCUCUCUGGUUCCUACACAAAGGCACCACAAGACUUUGCAGAAAUUCAAGGGUCGAAAUCGCUGGGGUAGCCAUAAUCGGAGCAAUGCCACUUCUCCGGGUGUUCCGAGAACUACCUCUGGAAAACAUGACUUCCCCCACAAAAACACCCCAGUGAGGGUGGAGUCUUUUCCCCGACCGUCUUCAGACCCCCUUCUCAUCAUCCUCCCUCUCCUGGCCUGCCUGCUCCUCGUAAUCAUCCUAGUAGUCCUCAUCCUGGUCUUUCGACGCCGCAGAGAAAAACGGGCCCAGCCAGGCUUGAUUCAGGACCUGUCCACCGCUACAGUUCCCAGCAGCCCUUACCUCGGCCAGCCGGAGAGGAGUCUGACUGUCCCGUCUGUUAUUGUGACCCCACUGGUGCCCAGUUGCCCUGGCAGCCCUGUCCUUGAGGGGGUACGCAGCAGUCCUCUGGUAACCCGGGUCAGUCCCCAAGAUGCCUCUGUGCUGCUCUGUUCUUGGACCAACCUGGGUGCAGAGGCCGUCCAGCAUUGUCGCACCACUCCCCCAACCUUACGAGACAACCAGUACUGGGUGUGAUCUCUGUAAACAUGACUCACCUAUAGCAUGGUCCUUAUUUCAGUGCUGCUGGCCAGAUGGAGGAAUAGGAUCAUAAAAGUUUUUGCCCUGCAAGCUAAGUAGUCUUUUACACUGUUUACUCUCAGUAAAGAGAUACAAAUGUCUAAAGGGUAGAUUUAUAGCACAACAACGUAGGUUAUUGUAAAUGUGUGCCUUGAGGGAAAUAACUAAUUUAUUCUGUUACCCAUAAAAAAUGUUUACCGUUUCAUGUCUUUCGCCACUUAUUUCCAAAUAUAUAGUUUAAAUUGAAAAUUAACCAUGAAACAAUAAUUCAUAAUUUACUUUGUGUUGAUUGCUCUUUAUUUACCAAAUUGCCCUUAGCAUGUGUUAAUACACAUUUGUUUGUCCUGCAAUGAGUGUAUAUUGUCUUGUGCUCAGUACUCCUCAUGACAGGCUCCGGAUCACUGCCACAUCCUGCAUUAGGACAAGUGGUUAUCAGUGAUGGAUGGAUGGACGGACGGACGGACGCUAUAGUGUGAAAACUACAGAUCCUGGUCUUUCAGCACUGCAGGCUUCCCUGCAACUUGGGCCCUGGGAGCCUCUAUCUGGGGAACACAGCUGAGAGGUGUGGUCCUUUUAAUACCUUAGUGUGGUACACGAUAAAGACUAUUUGGUACUAUUGAUAAAGAAUUUGGGAUUCUUUAUCACACUCAGCUGUUUGACAGUAAGAGCGUUGCCAGAUGCAGCUGUGCUCUCUUCUGACAGCAGCCAAAGUGGCUGCUUCCAUUACACACUGCAGGUCUUGCUAGUUAGAUGUAAAAUGAAAAACCAAGAACGCCAGUCCACCACCUGACACCUGGUGUCACACACGGGAGCUGUUAUUUUGGGCUUUUACAAGAUCAAAAAUCAUAAAGUGCCAGUUCUAUUAUGAAUUGUUUUCUUCUUAUGCAAUUUGGUUCAGUUGCUUUCUGGGUAUUUCACAGUUUUAUGUGGACUUGUCUUUUUUUUUAAUGAAAAUUGAGACAAGAUGGUCUUUAGUUGAAUAAUUCUGAGAAUCUAGACAUUCUCAAAGGGCCCCUUUACUCCUGCAGUCGUAAGAUCUGAGAGUACAGUGGCUUUGUAUUUCAUCAGAGCUGGUUGGUUUCGGUGUUUUUCUAUUAGAAAAAGGAAAGAACUCAGAUAUUUAUGAAAGCAGAACAAUAGAACAGAUGUGUUUUCCAGAGAUUUUUUUGCAUCAGUAGGCAUUAAGAGGAACUGUUCCUUUUCAUUAGGUGUUAGUAUAGCAUUAUUAAUCUGGAGCAAUAUUUUCCAGAUUUUAAUAAUAAAGAUGUAAUUAAUUAGUGGUAAAUCCAAAAUACAUUUGAUUGAUUUUAAAAUAGAUAUUUCUUAAUGUAAAUGUGUGAAAGCAAAAUAUAUGAUGCUGUAUAAGAGACUAUUUGAUUAUAAAAAAAAACCACCUGAAACUUCAGUUGUCACUCAGAUUGGCCAGGGUUAUUCUGAAGCUAAAUAAUCAAAAAUGUUCAGUCGAAAUAUCUAUGACCUCUGCUGCAAGAUACCAUAAUGUGCAUAACUGAUGGAAAAUAUUAAAGUAAUAUUGUAAUCGAAUUAGGAAAACUAUUAUAUACUCUGAUUCAUGUUGCCAACUGAGAGCUCUCUGAGAUCACCUGGAGAAAACAACUAUUCAGUGUAACGAAAGAAGUAUCCUUUGUUAGAAUGGUCCUCAUGUAGCGCCCUGUGUCUGAUCACUUGUGGAAAACCAGUACAUAAGUUUGAAGAAGCUGCACAUAAACAGGUCAAGAUGGUUCAUAGCUGGUUUAAUAUUAAUAAUAAUAGCUUUUUUCAAAACUCUGCAGAAAACCUCCACAGAAACCCUCUUCGUAACCUAUAAAUGUAGUUGUGUGUGAAGUGAAACUGGCAUUUAAACGGGCAAAGAUCCAAAUGUCUAUUUGUAUCCAUCAGUAUACCUUUAUUCAGUAAAAAAUUAACUGUUUAUAUUGGUUAUAGAUUUUAUAUUUUACAGUAUGGCUUCAGUUACCUAUGGUGUUUAGCCAUCCUGAAAGACACAACAUUAACUGUUCUGAUAUUACAGAUAAGAUAGGAUGUCAUCUACUCUUGUUAGCAUUAAACUACCCAGUAAAAAAACCUUUUGUUCACAGCUUGCACCAAAUAACUGCCCCACAUAAAUGUAUUUUUUUUUUUUAAGGUAAACGAUGUAGCAUACCUUUUAAAAGAAAAAUGUGCAUAUACUGUACUUGUGGAAGAUUCACCACUUGCUGUAUGCUAGUUACAAUGUGUCGUAUGCAAGAAAUUCAUUUGCUGUUUUUUUUUUCUGACACUUCCUGUGGUGAGCAGAGAUUUCUGGUAUUUUAAAGGAAGCUUUGUUAAGUCACUGUGGCCAUUAAAACUUACUGAUGCUGUAGAAACACUGAACUACAUGCUUUAA